CAUCUUUCCAUUAUUGGGAGGGCCUCUUACUUACCAAACGGUUUUCAGCAAGCACUUGGAAAAACACAUUAGAACACAUGAGAGUUUUGCUUCUGCCUUCGUAUUUAGGGUGCAAUGCUAGAAGAGUUACAUGAUAUUGAGAGUCCUGGAAAUGAAAGGGCUAAAGCACAGCCUAGCACAACCAAAAAGACAAGAGGCAAGAAAAAGCUUGUUGGACCAGCUGUAAACUACCUCAUGGGUCCUAAAUUCCUGGUUUAUGUUAGCUGUGCACUUUCAAUAUGGGGAGAUCGCAUGUGGCAUUUUGCCAUAUCUGUGUUUCUAAUUGAACUAUAUGGACAUAACUUACUUCUAACGGCGGUUUUUGGCUUAGUAGUGGCUGGCUCUGUAUUAGUAUUUGGGGCUUUAAUUGGAGAUUGGAUUGACAGGAAACCACGAAAUAAAGUUGCUCAUGCGUCGUUAUUCAUUCAGAACUCAUCUGUAACGGCCUGCUGCAUAGUCCUAAUGCUGGUGUUCUCUUAUAAAAACGAGAUAGAGCAGAUAUGGCAUGGCUGGCUCACAGUUUUCUGCUAUGGCGUGGUGAUAAUUCUCGCUGACUUAGCAAACCUUGCAAGUACUGCCCUUACAAUAACUAUUCAAAAAGACUGGAUUGUGGUUAUUACCGGAGACAACAGAAGUCAAUUGGCUGGUAUGAAUGCAACUGUGAGAAGGAUGGAUCAGGUUAUUAACAUCUUUGCCCCUUUAUCGAUAGGCCAAGUCAUGACUUGGGCCUCUAAUGUGGUUGGAUGUGGUUUCAUUCUUGGUUGGAACCUAGUCUCAUUGCUUGUAGAAUUUAUUUUCCUCUCCAAAGUCUAUAAAAUGGUACCUCAGCUGGCUAUAAAGUCACAUCAAUCCAUUGGAGAACAUUAUAUAGAAAGACAACUGGAGCUUAUAAAUGUACAAGGUGAUCUACCUGUUUGUUCAACUAUUGGUGACAUCAUUAGCACACCAACUGUAACCACUGAUCCAAAUGAAGAGGAACCACAGAAUCCAACAGCUCCAGCAAAGUCCACAUCAUCACUUCCUGUUUGCCUCCAAAAGCUACGUAGAAUAUUACAUACAUGUACAGAUGGCUGGAAAUCAUACUACAGACAAUCAGUUUUUUUAGCGGGUUUAGGGUUAGCCUUCUUGUACACUACAGUCCUUGGCUUUGACUGUAUAACUACAGGUUAUGCCUACACCCAAGGAAUAAGUGGCUCUCUACUUAGUAUACUCAUGGCCGUGUCAGCCAUCUCAGGAUUAAUGGGCACAUUUCUCUUUACCAAAUUAAGAAGACAUUAUGGCUUAGUAGUUACAGGAAUUAUAUCCAGUUGCCUUCAUGUUAGCUGUUUAAUGCUAUGUGUGUUCUCAGUCUUUGCUCCUGGAAGUCCUUUUGACCUUGGAAUUUUUUCUAUUUUUGUUGGUGUAAACUCUUCUUCAAACACAGAGAAAACGCAGCAAAAUCAGCUCCAUUUUUAUCCAUCUCAAGGGAAUAUCAACCAACCUAUACUUCCAGACCGAUCAUCUAUUCACUGGACUAAUAAUACUGUACUGUUUGAGAAUGUACGUGCUGGGGAUCACCCGGAUUCCUACAUUUCAAUCAUACUGCUGUUCUCAGGAGUAAUACUAGCAAGAAUAGGUCUUUGGUCCUUUGAUCUGACGGUGACACAGCUUCUUCAGGAGAAUAUUCCAGAAUCUGAGCGUGGAGUAGUUAAUGGCGUGCAAAGCUCAAUGAAUUAUCUGAUGGAUUUAGUCCAUUUUAUCAUGGUCAUUUUAGCUCCGCAACCUCAGCAGUUUGGACUCCUAGUUAUCAUUUCUAUCCUGUUUGUUAUAGCUGGACACACAAUGUACUUUUUUUAUACCAAAAAAUAUAAAACAAAAGAGAGGGAAUCACUGAAUACUCCUGCCUGAUAGUAUUGUAAUAACCAGUUUUUAAAAGGCUAACACUCAUUGUAGCUAAAUCUUUGUAGUACGAGUGUCGCAUGAAGUGUUGAUUAAUUUUAGAAUACCUGUCCAAUGUUCACCCAAUCUGUUCAGUUUCUUUUUUUAUUAUUAUUUUAUACAUGAUCCACCCUAUUCCAUAUACAGCUCCUAUUUUCUUCACCAGAAAUAAAAAAACGAAAUUAUUUAAACGA